CUCUUCGCCUCGCCUUUCCGCUCCGCGCCCCGCCCCGCCGCCGACGCCGCCGCCGCCGCGAGGAUGCCGUUCAAGAGGUUCGUGGAGAUCGGGCGGGUGGCCCUGGUGAACUACGGCAAGGACUACGGCCGCCUCGUCGUCAUCGUCGACGUCGUCGACCAGAACCGGGCACUUGUGGAUGCUCCCGAUAUGAUCAGGUGCCAGAUCAACUUCAAGAGGCUUUCUCUGACCGACAUCAAGAUUGACAUCAAACGUGUCCCGAAGAAGACAACUUUGAUCAAGGCCAUGGAGGAAGCUGAUGUGAAGAACAAGUGGGAGAAUAGUUCAUGGGGCAAGAAGCUAAUUGUCCAGAAGAGGAGAGCGUCGCUCAAUGACUUUGACAGGUUCAAGGUUAUGUUGGCCCGGAUCAAGAGGGGAGGUGCUAUCAGGCAAGAGCUUGUGAAGCUCAAGAAGGAGGCUGCUGCUUAGUAGUUCCAUGUUGAGGUUUUGGUUCCAAGUUGGAUCAGCAAUAUGUUUGAAUGGUCUUAAGAGCCAGAAUUAGUACUACUGUUUAAUGGAACCUAUUUCAUAUUUAAAUUGAGCAUGGUUGUGCUUUAGAGAUUGUCAUGACUGAUGGAUGUUCAAUAGUUUCGGCCAUAUGUUCCUUAACUGGUGAUUUUGCGUGAUCUUUGCCAGUUGAGACUA